UCAGGUUGGUGCUCCUCCUCCGUCUGGCAGACCGACGGCCUCCACCAUGGCAGACGGCCUCCUUCAGGUGGAGAUACCGGACUUCGGCAGCAGCGUGUUGGGCAGCCUGAAUGAGCAGCGGCUGAUGGGUCACUACUGCGACGUGUCCAUCCUGGUACAGGGCCAGGCCUUUAAGGCGCACCGGGCUGUGCUCGCUGCCUCUUCACUCUAUUUCAGAGACCUGUUCAGCUCGGCCGCGGACUCCUCCGCCUCGUCCUCACCCUCGCAGUCGGUGUUCGAGCUGCCGUCUUCGGUGACGCCGACAUGCUUCCAGCAGAUUCUAUCCUUCUGCUACACUGGGCGCCUCAGCAUGGCCGCCAGCGAACAGCUGGUCCUCAUGUACACCGCCGGCUACCUGCAGAUCCAGAACAUUGUGGAGCGAGGCAUGGAGCUGAUGUUGAUGAAGUCGUCGUCCUCCUCCUCGCCACUCUGCUGCGACUCACAGACCACCUCAACAGAUGAACUUGGGGGCUUCGACAGCUCGGCGGUCCAGCAGCAGCAGGGCACCUCCCAGCUGCAGGAGGUCAGUUCAGACCAGCCAUCGCUGAGCCCUGGGGAGCUGCUCCUGGCUGUCGGGCGGAUCAAACAGGAGAGAGUCGACACUCCACCGGCUGAGGAGGCGGGGGCCGGGGGAGCAGCAGUAGGGGGGGACGAGGCCAGAGUGGACAUGGUGGCAGAGCUUCAGUCCUCCAGGAGCAGCGCUCUAUGUUACCUGAGUGCAGGUGGGGGGCUGGUUCCCGGGUUGCAGUCCUAUCUGUUGGCCAGCGGGGGGCAUUCCAGUCCAGGAGGCUCCAGUCUACCCACAGAAUCGCCUCCUUCUCACCCUGCCACUGAGGAGGAGCUGGAAGAAGAGUAUUACAGCAACUCUGUCCACACUGGGCUCUACCAACACAUCUACGGGCACGCUGGGAACCCCUACAUCCAUGAAAAGAUGGAGAUGGUGCCGCUCCCAUUGGCUAAUGAACGCCGGCCCUGUGUGCUGGUUGGUCGGGACAACAUGGCACUGCCUGCCAGUCUGAUCAGCCAGAUUGGAUAUCGCUGCCACCCAUCGCUCUACACAGAGGGAGACCCUGGGGAGAAGGUGGAACUAGUCGCAGGGUCAGGUGUGUUCAUGACACGGGGUCAGCUGAUGAACUGUCACCUAUGUGCUGGAGUCAAACACAAGGUGCUGCUCAGGAGACUGCUUGCCACGUUCUUUGACAGAAACACUCUAGCCAAUAGCUGUGGGACAGGGAUCCGAUCCUCCACCAAUGAUCCGAGCAGAAAACCACUGGACAACCGAGUGUUAAACACUGUCAAAUUGUAUUGUCAGAACUUUGCUCCUAACUUUAAGGAGAGUGAGAUGAACGUCAUUGCGGCUGACAUGUGCACCAAUGCUCGCAGAGUUCGUAAACGUUGGCUCCCCAAGAUCCAGUCGCUCCUUCCUGACGGCCUCCCAGCCUCCGCCUCCCCACAACCUCGCAAGGCCAAGAGGGGAGGUGGAGGGGGGGACACGGCGGCACCCGGCGGAGGCUCCUUCGAGCUGGACCUGCGGCAGCUUGGCGCCUCCUACCUGGGCCUGGAGGCGCCGCUGUACGGGGAGCGCCGCGAGCGGGAGGCUUCAGGGGAGAAGGAGCGGGAGAAGGAGGCGCAGGUCACCCUGCUGCCUCACCUUCAGUUUGCUGCUGCUCGUGGUUUAGGCGGGGUGGAGGAGGGGCUGAUGGGAGGGGAGGCGGAGUCAACAGGUAGGCUACAGACUGAACAACCCGCGGACCACUCCCUCUCCUCCACUUCCUCCAGCUCCUCCUCCUCCUCCUCCUCCUCCCACGCCUCCCCUCAGCCUGCAGAGCCCGCCCCUCCUCUCCGGGGAUUGGCCAACACAGAUGAGAGGGGGGCGGAGUCUCUGGAAGACAGCCAAUAAGCUUUCUACUGCAUCUGCCUACCUGUAUGUAAAUAACACAAUAGCUACCUGUCUCCCACCCAUCU